UUGCCCUCACUGCUUACUCUGUCUUUCUUCCUCAGACACCUAUUAAAAAAAACCCUAAUUUCUCUGCUCGAUUCCUCUCUGAUCGUGAAAAAGCAAGAAGAAGAGAGAAAGAGAAGACAAAUGCUGGAAGCUGCUGAUAACUCAAACGUCCUCAACAGAGGAUUCUCUCAGCUUCAGAAUUGCUUCGGUGAUUGCAGUAGCGAAGAAGAACUAACCGUCCUGCCACGUCAUACCAAAGUGGUGGUCACCGGAAACAACCGUACCAAAUCUGUCCUCGUCGGUCUUCAAGGCGUCGUUCAGAAAGCCGUCGGGCUCGGUGGUUGGCAUUGGCUGGUUUUGACAAAUGGAAUCGAAGUGAAGUUGCAGAGGAAUGCGCUUAGUGUCAUUGAAGCUCCUACAGGGAACGAAGAAGGCGAUGAUGUCGAAGUUGAGCAUACACAAUGGAAUCCCUCUGAUAUGACAUAUGAAGACACUUUGAAGCCUCACAAGUCGAAGCAAAGAGGAUACAGAUCAGCGCGGUUAUCACAUAAGGCAAUGUGCAGGGCCUUAUCUUCUGACUCACACUCAAAAAGCUCGACUAUUACUCCUCCUGUGAACAUGAAGGUUGAUCUUAGCAAAUUGGAUAUGCCUGCAUUACAGAGAUACAUACGACAUUUUAACCUCGUGGAUGCACUUCCUAACCCGUCAAAAGAGCAGCUACUUGACAUUGUUCAGCGACACUUCAUGUCUCAGGAGAUGGAUGAGCUUCAGGUUAUAAUGGGAUUCGUUCAAGCUGCAAAAGGAAUGAAGAAAACUUGCAGGUGGAAUUUAAGAGAACACCAGAAACACUGAUCUUAAUUGCAACAGCUAAAGCUCUUAAAUGGACUAACGGACGGUCACAUAUUUUUAAACCGUGGCUUAAAAGGUUGAUUAGUAGUUAAGCCUCUGUCUCUUUUGGGUUAACAGUAGAUGCUGUUAUUUGCUCAUGUAAGUACAUCAAGAAGCAAUGACCCUACAAACAAAGAAGCCUUUCUAAUAUCUAAU